AUGACAAAGAACAUCACCUUCAAGGAUCAAGGAGUCACGCAUCUCGAGAACGUUGAGAACGAGAAAGGUCUCUCUACCCCAUCAUUAUCAUCUCGGACCGAGGCGCCUUUCAGCAUCGACCCGAAAGAGUCAGCUCGCCUUCGCCAUGCUAUUGACUGGCGUCUCAUCCCUGCUCUGGGCGCUAUGUACGGCAUCUCCCUUAUGGAUCGCAAGAACGUCUCUAAUGCCGCCAUCGCCGGUAUGCUAGUCGAUCUAGAGAUGGGUAGGGGAAUUGGCUAUAAUCUCGUCAAUCUAUGCUUCUUCAUCACCUAUGUGCUGUGCCAGCCCUUCAUGGUUAUUUUGUGCAGAAAAGCCGGACCGCGGUACUUCCUCCCAGGCAUUUGUCUCGCAUGGGGUGCUGUCAUCGUUGGCUUCGGCUUCACGAAGAAUUGGCCUAGUUUGAUCCCACUACGACUUGUCCUGGGCCUGUUGGAAUCGGGAUAUUUUCCAGGAUGCGUUUUUUUGUUGAGUUGUUGGUAUACGCAGUUCGAGAUCGGGAAGCGUUACAGCGUCUUCUACUUCAUCGGCAGCAUCGCAUCGGCACUUUCCGGCAUCCUAGCCUACGGUCUCCAGCAAAUGGAAGGUGUCAACGGCAUCCGCGGCUGGCGUUGGAUUUUCAUCAUGGAAGGCGUGAUAACCUGCGGAGUCGCCAUCUUCGCAUUCGCUUUCAUAAUCAAGUUCCCGGACCAAGAGAAAGCCUCCCCGUCAUGGGGCUUCCUCAAGAAACCCGGCGAUAUCGACAUCAUCAUCGACAAGCUCAACGCCGACCGCGGCGACGUCGCCCCCGAAGCUUUCUCGUGGAAGAAAUUCCUCGCUCCCGCGACACAGUGGUACAUCUACGGCUUCGCAUUCAUAUUUUUUUGCGUCACGACCAUCGCGUACGGAUUCGCUUUUUUCCUGCCCAUCAUCCUGAGCACGAAGCUGAAGUUCAGCGUUGCCAUGGCGCAGUGCAUGGGCGCGCCGCCGUAUGCGGCGAGUGGCUUCAUGAUGUACGGCGCUGCGUGGUUUAGCGACAAGUACAAGACGCGCGGUCCGGUCGUGUGUUUCUUGUGCCUCAUCUCUCUCAUCGGACUGCCGAUCAUGGGCUUCGUGGAGAAUCCGUGGGGCCAGUAUGUCGGAGUCUUCAUCACAGUCUCGGGGACGAACAGCGCUAUACCCGCUAUCAUGGCGUACCAGGCGAACAACAUCCGUGGACAAUGGCGCCGGGCGUUCUGUUCAGCGACGCUCACGGGCCUGGGCGGCAUUGGAGGUGUUGCGGGCGCGUUGAUCUUCCGGACUGAAGACGCUCCAUCAUAUGUCCCUGGAUUUGCGGCGUGCAUGGCUUGCAACGUGCUGGUCAUCCUGACUACGGGGGUGUUAACAUUAUACUUCAGGAGGUGCAAUGCGCAGGCGGAUCGGGGCGAGAGGGUAAUCAACGGUGAUCCAACGUUCAGAUUCACUAUCUGA